AUGGAGUCAGAGGACUGUGAGCAGGAGAGGUCUGGUUUGGAGAUUGCCCCUUUGGACUUCAUCUCGCGGCUGCCUGAUUUCGUGAUUCAUCACAUUUUAUCUUGUCUGCAUGCCAGAGAUUUUACCUCUACUGCAAUAUUGUCAAAGACUUGGAAUCGCACCUGGUCCACUUAUCCUUGUCUUGUAUUCCACUUUUUCUAUGAUAAUUCAGUCACAGAACGAGAGCAAGUUGUUGGUGACGUUCAUAUAAAAAAGCGAAAACAUGAUUUCUUGAUUCUUGCUGGAAAUUCCAUCUGUCGGCGCUUGCAACUAGAUUUUGGCGUACAAAGAUUUCAAUUGUAUAUUGACUUCCCUGAUAUGGAGUUGUUGAUGCCUAAUAUGGACCAAUGGAUUGGUAUAGCAGUAGACAGGACUGCUCCAGAACUUGCUGUUUGUAUUGAUAGUUUGUCGGGCUCAGAUAGAUAUUUUUAUAGCGUUCCGCAAUCGAUUUUGCUCGCUAGCUCGCUAAAAGUUUUAAGCUUAUGUGGCUGUAGAUUUGAGAGUGGAUUGGAUAUCAAACUUCCACAUCUACAGAAGCUUUCUUUAUCUCAUUCUUGUUUCACCGACAAGUUUUUAUUUCACCAAAUUCUCUCUGGGUGCCCCGUGAUUGAGUAUGUGAAAGUGUCAUUUUGUAUAUGGAUGGACACACUUCUCUCAGUUUCAAGUUUAUCUCACUUGAAGUAUUUUGAGUUCCUGUACUGUGAUGGGAUUGAUAAUGUUCAGAAUAGAAGUAGCAAAAUAAAUAAAUGGUUGAUAAAUGGUUUUUGUUUAAUGGAUAAUGGAUAA